AGCCUCUCGCGCAAAGCAUUGUGGGAAUUUACGUAAACCCAAGAUGGCGGCGGUCCGCGGCAGGUCUCUCCUUAAGGUCGGCCGGACAGUGCUGGACAGUCAGCCCGGCACCGUCACCUCCCUCUACCGGAGAGCCUAUGGUACCGGGGCCCGGUUCGGACUGCGCGUAGGCGGCAGCAGGGCUCUGGGCUGCGCCUUCCUGCUCGGCGGCGGCCUGGGUCUCUACCACACCGCCAAGUUCUACUGGGUCCAACAGCACCUGGCCCAGGACCACUGCAAAGUGUCAGACCGAGGCUUGAGGCUGACUCUGUACCAGUACAAGACCUGCCCCUUCUGCAGCAAAGUGCGAGCCUUCCUGGACUACCAUGGUCUGGCCUACGACAUCGUGGAGGUCAACCCCGUCAUGCGCCAAGAGAUCAAGUGGUCCGCCUACAGAAAAGUGCCCAUCCUGAUGGUGGACAAGGACCAGCAACUGAACGACUCGACCGUCAUCAUCAGCUCCCUCAAGUCCUACUUAGUCAGCAAGGAGAAGAAGAUGUCCGACAUCCUCAGCUGUUACCCCGAGAUGAAGUCGGUGAACGAGCGCGGCAAGGCGGUGACGGAGUACAACAACAAGUACUGGCUCAUGCUGAGCGAGGCCGACACCGCGCUGCUCUACCCUGAGAAAGGCAUGCAGAAGGAGGAGAUGAAGUGGCGUCAGUGGGCCGACGACUGGCUGGUGCACCUCAUCUCCCCCAACGUGUACCGGACCACCGGCGAGGCGCUGGCGUCCUUCGACUACAUCGUGCGCGAGGGCAAGUUCGGCUCCUUGGAAGGCUUCUUCGCAAAGUACGUGGGCGCGGCGGCCAUGUUCGUCAUCGCCAAGAGGCUGAAAAGUCGGCACAACCUGCAGGACGACGUGCGGCAGGACCUCUACAAGGCCGUCAACGACUGGGUGGCGGCCGUCGGCAAGAAGAGGAAGUUCAUGGGCGGCGAUCGUCCCAACCUGGCCGACCUGGCGGUGUUUGGCGUUCUCCGGGUGAUGGAGGGCCUCCAGGCCUUUGACGACAUGAUGUCCAACACCAAGGUGAAGAACUGGUACCGGCGCGUGGAGACGGCCACACGGGACCACCAAGGACCUCAAUGAGGAAGGAAGCAAUCUGCGCUUUGGAGACUUUAGGACUCAAUACUGACCUACUGGCCUCAGGAGGAAUUGCAGUGGCAUGAAAGAAUAUUGUGACUCAUCAGUGAUGCGAUUCUACUGCAAUAUUUAGCUUUGACGUUUCAAUACUGUAAAAAAAACAACUUCCGUUUCCACCCCGAGAACGAGUCCAGGAAACGUGUUGACUUGUCCGUGCUGAGCUGGUAAAGACGAUACGGGUGAUUACUUCCAUUUUACAUCGCACCGCCAUCACCGGUACAAAUGGACUCGGAAUGCAAGGUGACUCUUGUGCACCGUUGUAAAUAAAAAUAAAGACAGCAUCCUGUUUUGA